AUGAACAACCUCAUACCGAAACUCGAGGCAUGGUCCGACUCCCACACCUCAGCAUUUGAGCCAACCAAGACCAAAGCGACAAUCUUCCUCCCCCCCAACUGCGCCAUGCCCGACAACCCCCGCCUCGCCAUCCUCCGCGACCAUGAAAUUGGGUUCAAGCCAACCCUCUCAAUGCUCGGCACGAAACUCGACAAUCGACUCACCUUCCGAGACCACAUCACCUCGUGCGCCGCCAAAGCCACCGUAUGCACGACUGCCAUUGCCCUCCUAGCCCGCUCGAAGGCAGGGCUAUCGCCGAAGUGGGCUCGGCAGCUUGUCGUCGCGUGUGUUUGGCCAAGGUUGAUGUGGUUGGCGGCGGCGUGGUACGACCCUGCGAAGGAAAAGGACAAGACAAGGGAGUUAGUACGAGUACAGAAGUCGGCGGCGAUGGCAGUGACAGGAGGAUUUUGCUCAGCGGCAGGCGAGGCCCUCGAGAUCAAGGCAGGCUUGCUCCCCAUCCACCUCCAGCUCCAAAAUCAGCUCUUCUGCCUCGCACUCCGCGCUCUUUCCGCCCCACCCUCACACCCGCUCCACCACCGCACUACCGCAGCCCGUCGCCGCCCCGCACACGCCGCGCACCGCUCGCCGCUCGACCUCGCCCUCACCAACCCAAUCCCCCGCUCCUCCAGAUCUUUGAGAGAUCAACUCUCCUUCUACAUGCACAUCCGCCUACACCAAACCCCGACAGUCGGACUACUCCUCGGCAGCCUCGACUUCCGCCAGCCCCUCCUCGACUUCAUUGCCGCAACUGGCCGCUUCGCCCGCCUGACGGAGCUGUCGAAGGACGAGAAGCGAGAGGAGGACAUGAGGGAGGGAUCCGGCGCCGGCAGGGUGUAG